UUUCAGAACUAUGGGAAGCCUUCUAUCCACACCAGAGGGAUCUAAUCCUAUCGGAAAAGCCAUUGGAUUUCUUUCUCAACGCAAAAGACCAGCCGUCGAGCUCCAAGAUGAUUUUGAACCAGAAGUAAAAGUUCAGCGAACUUGUGAGGUCCAGGAUGAAGAGGCGGAAGAAGAAAAUAUCGAGUUUGAGCAUGAAAUUGACGAGGAAGAGAUUGAGGAGCAAGACGAAAUUGUUCAUGAACAAUCUGAAAACGACCAAAACUUGAAGGAUAGUGAUGAAAAGAAAAACGAAAUUGUUGCUCUCGAGAAGUCUACUGAAAAAGACGAGGAGCUUCCAAUACCUGAAAAGGAGGCACAAGUGGAUCAAGAAGACACUUUGGAGAAUCUUUUUGAGAAGGAAACGGAAUCCAACAAUACAAAUGAGCAGCAAGAAAACGUUGAAACGAACGAUACCACUUCCAAUUUUGAUCUCAACGAAGCAGAGGAAAGAGUCGACGUAUUUUCAAACGGGCUUCUGACUUCAAUCCAAUCCACUCAACCAGAAAUCAUUGCAUAAAUUGAAUUUAUUAACUUAUUUUUUAUCAACGCCAUUAAAUUUUAAUUUUUAAAAUUUUUUUCAAAAUAUGUGACAAAAUAAAAUAUUAUAAACUUGAAUUUUAGCUAA